CGAAUCUAACGCGUUCAUUCAUUUCGCAAAUCUCACUCAAAGCGAGCAGUUCGGAUCCGUUUACAAUGGCACAAACUAUCUUAGUGGGUGCAUUCUGUGCUGCAUUCGCGCUAUUUGGAGCUUCUAGUGCGCUGCCCUUCGAACUGUACCAAGUUCACGAUGACUACGCGGAUUCGACAGCGGAUUUUUUUCUGACGAAUUUAAAAUACCUUUGCAUCGAAAAUACUGGAUCUGAAGCUGGUUACGAGAAAGCGAUCAAUUCCAUGGAUUCCACCGCGCAGUGCUUAGGCCAAAAUGUCAAUUUUAUGCGUAUGAUCCUCAAUGUUAACGUUCCGGAUACUUUGGAGGCGCGUCAGCCACUAUAUGGACGAUACUGUCCAGCGCUUCACGAAUCGGUCGUGUGUUUCAACGAGGCUAUGGAAGGUGUUGCCAUGUGCACUAAGGGUAACGUUAGCCUUACCGUCUUGAUGGAGAAGAAGAUAGUUCACAACUUGAUCGACCUUAUAUGCAAAAACAACGGACAGUUUAUGCUUGAUAUGAGAUCACCAGAAUUCGAUGCAUAUCUAGACUAUGCUAGACUAAAUUCGAAGCAAUGCAAAGUCUCAAACAUCCUUCAAUCGACUCCGUUUACUGAUUUCGGUCAAUAUGGUUGCAGCGAGGUCAAGCGUGCAAGAGCAUGCAUCCAGGAGCAGGUCAGCGCAUUCUGCUCAACUUCGACGCUUUUCGAAUUGAUGGACGCGAUUCUUGUUCCAAUCAUGGAAGUGAUCAACUGUGACAAGCAUGAUGAAUUGCUUGAAAUGAGCGUCGUUAUGUCUUGAUACAAAUCUUCAGUAAGAAGGAUGAAGAUGCCAGUUCGUAAUAAUAAAUAUGAACGUACCAAAAAUUCAAAGUGUUUUUGCAGGCCACAAGAGUUUUUUUUUAAAUAGGUCCUAUCAGCGUUGGACGAAUCAUCAUCAAGAGAAAAUCUUUAAACGUUCAUCAAGAGAAAAAAUCGGAAGGGAGCAUAGCUCUCCUCUCUCGCGCACGAAUGAUCGGUAAAAGGAAUCUAAAAAAAUCCUCAUCUUGAUUAUUCGGCGGAACAUCUUUUUCACUACUACA